UCCGUCAGUUAUGCGCUGUCUUUAAUGGGAAACUAGAAUCGCUAUUUUAGAGCUGAAUAACAGAAGCAGCUUUGGAAAUAUUGAAAACUUUGGAUACCGAUUUUGUCAGAAAGGUUCCGACAGAAGGAGUUUCUACGUUCAAAUCUCCAACCUUGAUUUACCGGUGGAUCACAAAGGGCGACAAUGUCUGACAUUCUAGUGGUCUUACCUCCUUUGACGGCUGACGGUUCGGUAAUCUUCGCCAAGAACUCGGAUCGACCGCCGACCGAAGUACAAGAAGUCGUGUAUGUUCCGCCAGCCAGUCAUGACAAGGGAACCAAAUUACACUGUACCUUCAUCGAGGUGGACCAGAUCCCAGAGACGCGAGGGGUGAUCCUGAGCAAGCCGGCAUGGUGCUGGGGCGCCGAGAUGGGAGCUAAUGACCACGGUGUUUGUAUAGGUAACACCGCCGUCUGGACACGCCUGUGUAGGCCCGGGGACCACGAGGAAAAACUGAUAGGAAUGGACCUGGUCAGACUUGGACUAGAGAGAAGUAGCACAGCGCGUGAGGCAAUUGACGUCAUUUCCAUUCUCUUGAUGACGCAUGGACAAGGCGGCAUCUGCAGUGAAGACCACAACUUUGGACAGUGGACAUAUCAUAAUUCUUUUGUGAUCGCGGACAAGCAGGAAGCCUGGCUUCUGGAGACAGCUGAUAAAAUGUGGGCCGCUAAGAAAGUAACGAAUGGUGUUCUAGCCGUAUCAAAUUGUCUUACCAUAGGGACAGAAGCGGAUAUUAUGUCUCCCGAUAUUCUUGCGCAGGCGCAAAAUGGCGGAUACUGGAAAGCAGACGACGGCGAGCUGAACUUCGCAAAGGCUUUUUCCGCCGACUACCCGGGAAUAUCACUCUCUGAAAAACAAACUCCCGGAAACAGAUUAAACUUUGUUCAAAAUAGCUUACAUAGCGUUAAAGAUAAGGUAGACAUAAGCCAUAUAUUUAAACUCCUACGGAACGAAGAAAGCAGCGUCAAUUUCAUUGGCGAGUUGCUCACUGUGGGUAGUCAAGUGUCAGUACUUGCUCCACCCACCUCCAGCCAGCCUUGCUGUCAUUGGUUCACGGGCACACCAAACGCCAACGUGUCAAUCUUUAAACCCUUCAUCUUCUGUGACUCCCCGAACAUCGGCACGUGGACUGUCUCGUCCACUUUCAGCGACACGCCACGUGCUUCUUUCCAGACGACCAUAGACCGACGGCACGCACUUUAUCGAGCGCACGAGAAAGGACGAGAGUUGAUGGAGACAGGAAGUCCCGUAGGUGCUCAGAUGCACGCGACUUUGAGGCGGUUGGAAGCUCAGUGUGUACGGGAGGUUAUGGAGUUUGUGAAAACGUACCGAGAGUCGGACAUGAGUGAAGCGCGAGAUCUGUUCAGUGAUAUUGCUGAGUCGGAAAUAAAGUUUUACUCAUGACACAAGACUAUCUUGGAGUUCGCUUAGAGUUAAUUUGUGUUUAUUGAUGUUGUGAACAUGUCUCAAACAACUUAUUUCCUUCGAAAGCGCUACAACAGCAUUGCAACUUCCGUUAAUAAAUGUUGACCAGUA